GGAUGGCGUGGACUGACAGUUGUACCGCGGCAUGUGCGUUUCCCAGUUCUCUGGUGCUGCUAUAUGGGGGACGUGGGGUCCCCACAGACCUGCAAAUUCUGGCCCCUCUUUUCUCAACCCAGAGCAAAUUGAAACGUCCGGGUGAGAGUCCGUCUUCCUGUGGAACUUUCUUAUCUCUGCAUGAUCUCUGGUGCAGUGGGAAGCAGAGGACCAUCUUUCUCUCGGGAUUUCCAAAGACUCAUGUUACGUGAGGAAGCCACCAAGAAGAACAAAGAAAAGGAGCCAGGGAUGGCUCUUCCUCAAGGACGCUUGACUUUCAGGGAUGUGGCUAUAGGAUUCUCUUUGGAGGAGUGGAAAUGCCUGAACCCUGCACAGAGGGCUUUAUACAGGGCCGUGAUGUUGGAGAACUACAGGAACCUGGAGUUUGUGGAUAGCUCUUUAAAAUCCAUGAUGGAGUUCUUAUCAACUGGGCACGGUAAUACAGGAGGAGAGUUCCACACAGGGACAUUGGAAAGACAUAAAAGUCAUCACAUUGGAGAUUUUUGCUUCCCAGAAAUCAAGAAAGAUAUUCAUCACUUUGAGUUUCAGUGGCAAGAAGUUGAAAGAAAUGGCCAUGAAGCACCCAUGACAGCAACCAAAGAGUUGACUGGUAGUACAGACCGACAUGAUCAAAGACAUGCUGGAAACAAGCCUAUUAAAGAUCAGCUUGGAUUAAGUUUUCAUUUGCAUCUGCCUGAACUGCACAUAUUUCAGACUAAAGGGAAAAUUAGUAAGCAAUUGGACAAGUCUAUCAGUGGUGUUUCCUCAGCUUCAAAAUCCCAAAGUAUUUCUCAUAGGCUCAAAACUCAUAUUUCUAAUAAGUAUGGGAAGAAUUUCCUCCAUCCUUCAUUAUUCACACAAAUACAGGAAAUACACAUGAGAGAAAAAUCUUGCCAAAGUAAUGAGUGUGGCAAAGCCUUUAAUUAUAGCUCACUCUUAAGGAGAUACCACAUAACCCAUUCAAGAGAGAAACGAUAUAAAUGUGAUGUAUGUGGCAAGAUCUUUAAUCAGAAGCAAUACGUUGUAUAUCAUCAUAGAUGUCACACUGGUGAGAAAACUUACAAGUGUAAUGAGUGUGGGAAGACCUUCACUCAGAUGUCAUCCCUUGUAUGCCAUCGUAGACUUCAUACUGGAGAGAAACCUUACAAGUGUAAUGAGUGUGGCAAGACCUUCAGUGAGAAGUCAUCCCUUAGAUGCCGUUGUAGACUUCAUACUGGAGAGAAACCUUACAAGUGUAAUGAGUGUGGCAAGACCUUUGGUCGAAAUUCAGCCCUUGUAAUUCAUAAGGCAAUUCAUACUGGAGAGAAACCUUACAAGUGUAAUGAGUGUGGCAAGACCUUCAGUCAGAAGUCAUCCCUUCAAUGCCAUCAUAUACUUCACACUGGAGAGAAACCUUACAAAUGUGAAGAAUGUGACAAUGUUUACAUUCGCAGAUCACACCUUGAAAGACAUAGGAAAGUUCAUAGUGGAGAGGGAUCAUACAAAUGUAAGGUUUGUGACAAGGUUUUCCGGAGUGAUUCAUACCUUGCAGAACAUCAAAGAGUUCAUACUGGAGAGAAACCGUACAAGUGUAAUAAAUGUGGCAGGAGUUUCAGUCGGAAGUCAUCCCUUCAAUACCAUCAUACACUUCAUACUGGAGAGAAACCUUACACAUGUAAUGAAUGUGGCAAGGUUUUUAGUAGAAGAGAAAACCUUGCACGUCAUCAUAGACUUCAUACUGGAGAAAAACCUUACAAAUGUGAAGAAUGUGACAAAGUUUUCAGUCGCAGAUCACACCUUGAAAGACAUAGGAGAAUUCAUACUGGAGAAAAACCAUACAAAUGUAAAGAUUGUGACAAGGCCUUCCGGAGUGAUUCAUGCCUUGCAAACCAUACGAGAGUUCAUACUGGAGAGAAACCUUACAAGUGUAAUAAAUGUGGGAAGGUUUUUAAUCAAAAAGGAAUCCUUGCACAACAUCAGAGAGUUCAUACUGGAGAGAAACCUUACAAGUGUAAUGAAUGUGGCAAGGUUUUUAAUCAAAAAGCAAGCCUUGCAAAACAUCAGAGAGUUCAUACUGCAGAGAAACCUUAAAAGUGUAAUGAGUGUGGCAAAGCCUUUACUGGACAGUCAACACUUACCCACCAUCAAGCAAUCCAUGGGUGUAGGGAAACUUUACAAAUGUAAUGAUUCUCACAAAGUAGUCAGUAAUGCUACAGCCAUCACAAAUCAUUAGAGAAUCCAUAAUGAAGAGAGAUCUACAAGUGUAAUAAAUGUGGCAAAUUUUUCAGACAUCAUUCAUACAUUGCAGUUCAUUGACGCACUCAUACUGGAGAAAAACCUUACAAAUAUGACUGUGACAAGGUCUUCAGUCAAGCUUCAUCCUAUGCAAAACAGGAGAAUUCAUGCAGGAGAGAAACCUCACAAGUGUGAUGAUUGUGGCAAAGCCUUUACUUCAUGUUCACACCUCAUUAGACAUCAGAGAAUACAUACUGGACAGAAAUCUUACAAAUGUAAGGGUGGCAAGGUCUUCAGUCUGUGGCCAUUCCAUGCAGAACAUCAGAAAAUUCAUUUCUGAAAUAAUUGUUCCAAAUAAAAUGAAUAUAAAAAAAUUCAUAAAGCUUUAAUUGACAUUAGAGUCAAUUCAACAUUGACUUGAGUUUGAGUUGACUUAACAUUGAGUUCACGCAUUAAUUGACAUAAAAAGUGUUAAUGUUAAGGAGAAUGGGCCAGGUGCGGUGGCUCAUGCCUGUUAUCCCUGCACUUUGGGAGGCCAAGGCAGGUAGAUCACUUGAGGUCAGCAGUUUGAGACCAGCCUGGACAACAGACUUGAGCCACUUUACCCAGCCUGUUUUUUAUUUUUAUUUUUUGAGAUGGAGUCUUGCUCUUGUCACCCAGGCUAUAGUGCAAUGACAUGAUCUUGGCUUACUGGAAUCUCCACCUCCCGCAUUCAAGCAAUUCUCCUGCCUCAGCCUCCUGAGUAGCUGGGAUUAGUGAUACAUGCCACCACUCCACGCUAAUUUUUGUAUUUUUAUUUAUUUUUUAUUUAAUUUUUUUGUUUUGAGAUGGAGUCUCGCUCUUGUCACCCAGGCUGUAGUGCAGUGGUGUGAUCUGGGCUCAUUGCAACUUUUGCUUCCUGGGUUCAAGCAAUUCUCCUGCUGCAGCCCCCUGAGUAGCUGGGAUUACAGGUGCCCGCCACCAUGCCUGGCUAAUUUUUGUGUUUUUAGUACAGAGGGGGUUUCUCCAUGUUGGUCAGGCUGGUCUUGAACUCCUAACCUCAGCUGAUCCACCCGCCUCAGCCUCCCAAAGUGGUGGGAUUACAGGCAUGAGCCACUGCAACUGGCCCUUAUUUUAUUUAUUUAUUUUUGAGCCUGUUUUGCAGCCUUUACAAAAAUCAGGGUUUUCUCACAAGGUCAUGAAGAUUUUCACAUAAGGGACCUCUGACCAUUUGUGUUGGCAUUGGCAGUAAAGGUCAAGCAGGAAUAAGGUAAUAACAUUCAAGCUCCCCAACUUUGGCCAGGUUCCUGCCUUUCUAGUUCAUAUUUGGACCAAACUCAGCUACUUGUGAGGCUGAGGCAAGAGAAUCACUUGAACCCAGGAGGUAGAGGUUGCAGCGAGCCAAGAUCGCACCAUUGCACUCCAGCCUGGGCAAAAAGAAAGAAACUUAGUCUAAAAAAAAGAAAAAGUCAAGCCCCUUCUCCUCUCUCUGUCAUCAUAGUAUGUGCUUGACUUUGCUUCUUGCCAUGUCUUCUCACAAGACUUUCAGGAUUAAAUGAGUCCUGGCCAAGAAACAAAAGCAAACUCGUUCCAUUCCCCAGUGGAUUUGCAUGAAAAUUGAUAAUAAGGUCACAGUCACGCUACCAUAUCAAGUUGAAAAUGUCACCCCUAUCUGGAGAGUUGGACAUGUUUUAUUGGGAAUAUAUUUUUUAUCUCUGAAUCUGUUAUGAACGCAUUGGUUGGCUGGGUUCGGUAAUAAAUAUGUGAAACAUUUUAUUAGAAAAAAAGUCGGUUGGGCACGGUGGCUCACGCCUGUAAUCCUAGCACUUUGGGAGGCCAAGGCGGGUGGAUCACAAGGUGAGGAGAUUGAGACCAUCCUGGCUAACAUGGUGAAACCCCGUCUCUACUAAAAAUACAAAAAAUUAGACAGUCGUGGUGGCGGGCACCUGUAGUCCCAGCUACUUGGGAGGCUGAGGCAGGAGAAUGGUGUGAACCUGGGAGGCAGAAGUUGCAGUGAGCCGAGAUCGUGCCACUGCACUCCAGCCUGGGUGACAGAGUGAGACUCCAUCUCAGAAAAUAAAAAAAUAAAAAUAAAAAAAUAAUAAAAGUCAAAUGAUGUAAUUCGAUAGAGUACCUUAACCUUUUGUUUUUUCGAGCUGGAGACUCCACUAUGUUCAGUGGAUCACACCUGUGGUCCACGCACCUUGGGAGGCUGAGGUGGGAGGAUUGCUUGAGAGCUAGUCUCCUGGGAAUCGUCUCAUCUCUUCUAACUCAGUUCAUGACAGACCCUUGGACUUUAUUGUUAUGGAAAAUCUAUAUAAAGCAAUAUCAGUGUGUCAAAGCAUUAUGUCUGUCCAAGCUUGUGAAAGGAUAAUAAAAAUUACUAGCCAAAGAGAAAGGUCAAGCUGGGAACUGGGACAGACAAACCUGCCUCCCAUUUUAUUCCUAAACAAGAUAGCUACAAAGACUAAAAAAAAAAGCUACAUAGAGGCCGGGCACGGUGGCUCACGCCUGUAAUCCGAGCAUUUUGGGAGGCCGAGGUGGGCAGAUCACCUGAGAUUGGGUUUUCGAGACCAGCGUAACCAACAUGGCAUAACCAACAUUUUCAGUCUCUACUAAAAAUACAAAAUUAGCUGGGUGUGUGGCGGGCGCCUAUAAUUCCAGUUAUUCAGGAGCCUGAGGCAGGAGAAUCGCUUGAACCUAGUAGUCAGAGGUUGUGGUGAGCCGAGAUUUUGCCACCUGAAAGGGGGGGGACAUGGUCUAAAACGAUACAAACGCUGCAGAGCCACUGGG